AUGUACGGGUAUUUUUUGCUUUUCUUAGCCACGCCCAUUUUCAGCUUUGAAUUCGGUUUCGAAAAAGCCAAACUUGCCCUGGAAUAUGCUGGUAUGUAUGUUAAUUUUCAGAUUUUCAGCCAAAAUUCUGAAAUUUCCAGCCGCUUCAUAUUCACCCACUCCAAAUCCAUGUGUUUUGAAAAAUAAUGGAAGCCUUUUCUAUGCAAAUAUUGUGCCAUGUGAUUAUAUUAGAGAUGAGGUAGGCUUCCGGAAGCUUCCGCGUAGCGGCGAGGAUAGGGCAACUUUAUAGAAAAUCCAUAAAGUUAGCUAAACCUGCCGCUGCGCGGAAGCUUCCGGAAUACCCAUAUUUCUUUCUCACAGUGUCUCAGUAUAAUCGCCGUCGAUUCCUCGCACAUUUUCGUCGCAUUUUCUGGCACAAAAUCAAAAGAGCAAUUAGUGACUGAAUUAAUUGAGAGCAUCGGAAAACCGAAACACAAAUUGCACAAUGCUGGCUCAGUUCAUUAUUAUUUUUUCGCAGCUCUCAAAUCGAUGUGGAAUCCGAUGCACAGAUUAUUGAGGGAAGCUAUUAAGGUGAGUUUUUAGGGGCUUCAUUUUGAUACUAAAUAUGCACUGCGCGGAAGCUUGCGGUCUACAUUUUUAGACCGCAAGCUUCCUCUUUAGCAUCCACGCGGAUUGCUAUGACGUUUACCAUAUCAUAGUAAUCCACGUGGCCGCUGCGCGGAAGAUAGUACCGCUUACGCGGAAGCUUGCGGUCUACACUCGCUCCGCUCGAAAACAAAAUUGACGAUAGGUUUCCCUGUGCGGAAUCUUGAAAUGUUCCCUAAAACCUCGAUUUUUCAGUGAAAAACGAAUUUUUAGGGAAAAUUUCAGAUGCGGCGGGUUCCAAAGCAUUUUCAGGUAGACCGCAAGCUUCCGCGCAGCGGCAAGGUUAGGCUAACUUUCUAGAUGUUAUAGUGAAUACAUAAGUAGGCGUAUUUAAUUUGCUAAUGAAGUUAGGACAACUCUAAAAAACCUCCCAUUUUCCAGAAAUAUCCAACCCACGAGCUAAUAUUCACUGGACAUUCGUUGGGCGGAGCAAUUGCUUCAAUAGCUUCCACGGCUUUCGUUCGAAAUCAUCCCGAAAUUGGAAAUCGAACGAGUUUGAUCACUUUUGGACAGCCAAGAGUUGGAAAUUUGGAAUAUGCACAAAAACAUGAUGAAUUAUUGAAGGGAAAUAGUUGGAGAAUUAUACAUGCGAGGGAUAUUGUGAGUUACGGAAAGUUAGGAUUUUCUAAAUAAGUUAGAGUAACUUUGCUGCUGUUUUUCUCUGCACUCUCUCAUAUUCCCCUUCUCUCUCUCUUUAGGUUGCUCAUAUUCCAAUUUGUGUUGAAAGUGUUCAUCGUCCAAUCACCUGUAUUCCAUUCUACAAUCAUGGCUCAUAUCAUCAUGGAACCGAAAUCUGGUUUCCCCAAAAUAUGACAUCUGAUGACACUUAUCAAAUUUGUAGAGGUUUUCCCAAAAAUGAGGAUAUACAGUGCAGGUUAGUUUACUUCUAUUUGAAAGAAUAGUUUGAAAUUGAGAUUUUUCCAGCAAUUCCGAUCGAUAUUAUGACAUUUUCGACCAUCUUUUCUAUUUUGGCCAUCAUGUUUCGGAUUACGGUGUAAAUAAUUGUACAGAUCCCUUUGAUUUUGAAUGAAUUAUUGGAAAUUUCUGACGCAUUUUUUUACGAAUAAAAUAUUCAUAGCUGAAAUUCUGCCGACGGUGGAUUUUUUGAUAGCUGAAAUUCUGCCGACGGUGGAUUUUUUCAUAGCUGAAAUUCUGCCGACGGUGGAUUUUUUCAUAGCUGAAAAUCUGCCGACGGUGGAUUUUUUGAUAGCUGAAAUUCUGCCGACGGUGGAUUUUUUCAUAGCUGAAAAUCUGCCGACGGUGGAUUUUUUCAUAGCUGAAAUUCUGCCGACGGUGGAUUUUUUGAUAAAGAAAGAAUUCAUAGCUGAAAUUCUGCCGACGGUGGAUUUUUUGCUAUGAAUAUUCAGAAUUUCAGCUAUGAAUUCUUUCUUUAUCAAAAAAUCCACCGUCGGCAGAAUUUCAGCUAUGAAUAUAAGCCGUUGAAUUGGAAUUGGUUGCUUGAACUACUUUCAAACAAAAUUCGCAGAAAACCGCCAGAAUAAAAAAAAAUCGAUUGGAUUACUGUAGCUCACAGGAAAUGUGUGCGAACACCGACAGGUUUACGGAUGAUUUAUUUUAUUUGACGCGCACAUAUUUUUUUUGUUUCGAGACAUUUUUCAGCAUUUUUUCGUUCUUUCUUUAGGUUUUGGAUCCGCUGGCGUAGUCUUAGCGUAGAAGCGAGCGGUUGACACGUCAUACACCCCCUUAGCUACGCUCGCUUGUACGCUUUAGACUACGCUGAGGUGUAAAUCUUAGCUACGCUUGUUUUUUGUUUUCAAUUCGAAUUUUUUUCUCAUUUGCUUGCUUGAUUCGGUCUGAAUUUUAGGUUUACUAUCAAUAUUGCAUAUCGAAUGCACCAAUUUCUGAAUUUUUCUAAGGAAUUGUAUAUAAAUAUGAUUUAUUGAAUAGUAGCACAAAAAAGACAGUAAAAUGAUAGAAUUAACAUAGAAAAUCGAAGAAUACUUGUAUUUUGAGUGAAGCUUGACACCCCAAACCCAAACUAAUGUAUUUGUGUUUCUAGGCCUUUUUGAGGGUUUCUAGGCCGCCAAGCUAAUGCAUUUGGGUUUCUAAGCCACCAAAAUUGUUUACUUGGGCUGAAGAGAAAACCAACAUACAGUAGGCUUUGCGGUUUUGUAUUUUGUAUUGUAUCUUUUGUAUUGAAAUAGGGAAAUAUGCGAGUUUCUGGCCCAACUCUAAUGUGAUCCAAUUUUUUCCAGGCGUUCGUGGAAGUCGUGCUGCAAGAAUCCAGGAAACACCAAUCUUAUCUCAACAUGUUCCAAAUCCAAUUCAACCAUCUUCUCCCAAUUCAGCGUCACGAUAUGAGGAGAUGAGCAAGGAUAUGACACAAUUGACUGGAGAACUGGCUCGAUCAAGAUUGGGAGGAUUUAAUGAGGUUGGUUUUUGGAGGAAGAGGAUGGGAAAAUUUUGAUAAUAUAUUUACAAGUUUAACCCCCUGAAAUUUAAAGUUUAACCUCCAAUCCCCCUGAAAAAGUUCGGUUGUAUGUUCAAAUAGUGUCUUAUGGGGAGUUGUUGAAUUAAUUCAAAAAACUUAGUCUAGAAUCAUACCGGCGCCAUUUUUCAUUAAAAAAAUGAUUUUAAUGUUUAUCCUAUGUUUUCAUGUAUCAAAUUAAAAGUUUGAUAACUGUUCUCCAAAAAACUGAAAAAGAGGACAAUUCAAGCUCAAAAAACGCGUUUUGAUUGAAUUUUUUCGUUUAAAUUGAGUUGAGAUACGAAUUUUCAAAAAUAAAAGGUUUUUUGACUUUUUGGAAAUUAUUCAGAAUUUCGACCUCCGCAUUCUCAUGAAAGAAAUUUUUACUUAUAAAAUCCCCUUUGGGUUUUUCAUAACUCCCCAUAAGACUAUAUUUGAACUUACAACCGAAAUUUUUCAAGGGGUCACAUUUGGGAUCUAUUCCUUGUUAGUAAGACAUUGAAAACAAUAGUGAUAAAAAUGAAGUCUCACUUUUCUGAAACAGUGAAUUUUUUCGAAAAGUCGAAAAUUUGAUUUUUGGUGCAAAAAUUAUUUUUCUUAUUGUUUCCGAAAAAAGAUGCAAUAUCAAAAAUAUAAAAUUGUAAGAUGAUUUCUCAAUUUUUCUGAAACAGUGAAAUUUUUCGACAAUUUGAAUUUUUGAUUUUUGAAAUUUUUCGCAUUUAAUUUUUUUAAAUCAAAUUUUUUGCACUCACAACGAAUGUUCCACAAUGUUCCUCUCCACUAUGCGGAUAUGAGCUUGAAAACCCCCAAGGGAUUUUGUAAGUAAAAAUUUCUAACAGAAGUUAAAAAAAUUUUUUUGGAGAAUUUUUUGAUUCUGAACUUUAAAAAAUUGAAACUUGGGUUAGAGUUGACUAAAUUACUCGAUCAAAAUAUCAAAAUUAAGAUUGUAUUGACUGAUGAUGAUGAAGCGGACAAAUCUGAAAAAGAAGAAGAAUUUCGAAAAUUCUUAAAAAUGCCAAAAGCUACAAUUAAAGAGAAAGUGAGUUGAUAUUGAACUGAUUUUGUAAUGAAUCAUCAACACAUUUCCAGUUUACUGUCAUAUCAGAGCUCAAAAAAGCGAAUCCGGAUCUUAAGAAUUUGAAUGACACGAAAUUGAAUAAAAGAUUAGGACCGAUUUUACACAAUGUAAGUGUGCUAAAUGUUUUCUUUAAUUGCCAGUCAAUUUCAUUUGUUCAGACUGUUUGCAAUUUGUGGAAAAUUGAAGGCGACGCGGAACUCAAAAAGGUCAUGAUAGAACUACCGCCCGAACACUUCAUCAGUGUUCAUUUAUGUCGCGAAUUCUCAAUUCUGUUUAAUGCUCGAAAGAAGAAGGAGAUAUUGUAUUGGUUGAAACAAUUCAAUGAUAAAACGACGAGUGAAGAUAUUAAGAGAGUAAGUUUGAAACAACACCAUCUGUUUUUUAUAACUAUUAUCAUUCAGAGAAUUGUUGCGGAAAAGGCAAAGAACAAAAAGAAGAAUUAG